CCUGCCUGCAGUACUCACACAUCUAAGUCUGACCCUUCAGCUUACAGCAGGACGAACAUGCACUUGUUACAUCUCUGUGCUUUUGGGGUGUGGCUACUUCUGUGGAUGCAAUACUCUCUCGGGCAGAACUGUGCUGUGGAUUCCAUCUCAACAUGUGAGGAGUGCAUCUCCUCCUCUGCAGACUGCUCCUGGUGCCAGUACAAGUAUUUGGCAGUUCCCUCUCCGUCCUCUCACUGUGGCAGCAGGUCCAGACUGGUAGAACUGGGCUGUCCAGAGGCAGACAUAAUAGAUCCAGAGAGCAGUCACACAGUGAUCAGUCAAAGUGCCGGAGCAGAAGAGAGGAAAACCCUCAAACCACGAAACAUCAGCCUGGAACUGAGACCUGGGAAAGCCCAUACGUUUCAGGUACAGGUGAAGUCAAGGAAGAGUGCCCUGGGUGUGUAUUAUUUGGCCUCUGUGUCGUUUGAGACAGAAGGCGGGGCCUACAGCUCGGCUAAGCUCAGACAGGCAGUCUUGACAGCCGUUCAGGAGGUCAACGCCAAGGCAGUGAGCACAGGCUCUGGGUUGUUUGGGGAGGAGCAGAAGCAGGGCUGUAAGGAGUCAGUCUGUGGAAAAGUUCUCCACCUCACCCACUCUUCCCACGGACCCCCCGGGGCUCCGCACUCUGAAGGCACCUCCUCACACGGCGGGCUCCAGGCGCUGCUGCAGACCGCGCUCUGCAGGGAUGAAAUCAGCAAGGAACAGGACCCCUGGCUGCUUGUCUAUGUGUCUGAUCAGGGGUUCCGGGUAGAAGAGGACCAAAUUUCAGGUCUCCAUCAGACUCCCAGUAACACACAGUGCCUUAUGAGUGAAGGGAAAUUACACAAAGAGUUGGUGUAUCCCUCCAUUGCCGACCUGGGCUUUGCACUGACUGAAAAGAACAUUCAGACGAUUUUUGCAGUCACUGAAGACGUGGCAGAGAAAUACAGAGAGCUAAGUGACAGGCUGCCCAAGUCCACAGUUGCUGUGUUGCCCUCUGACCCCAGUCAAAUCACCUCCUCGAUCAAAGAAGCGUUCAAAAAACUGUCUCACUCAGUGGUUCUGAGUCAUACACCGGUCCAGGGGCUCAACAUCUCCUAUGAGUCCCAGUGUGCUGAGGGAACAAAGACCAACCAGUUGUAUGGAGCCUGCAGUGACGUGACAGGGAAUAGAAAGAUUUCCUUCGGAGUUACAGUCACGUUACAGGCCUGUGUUAAGCCUCAGUGGUUUGAGAUGAAAGCAAUGGGCUCUCCUGACGCUGUCCACGUCCAUCUGUCUUCUCGCUGUUCCUGUGACUGUAAUGAUAAACCUGACCCAGAACACUGUAACUACGCUGGAAACCUCACCUGUGGCACAUGCCUAUGCAACCCGGGGCAUUUCGGACCAGCAUGUGAGUGCUCGCUCUCGGACAGUGACGCACCCUGUAGAGAGAGAGAGGGAGCCCCUGUGUGUUCGGGCAGGGGAGUGUGUGUGUGUGGGACCUGCGAGUGUGACCGUGCACCUGGCAGGUCCUCCUAUGGAAGGUUCUGCGAGUGUGACAACUUCUCCUGUGAAAGAGCCGGGGGGAAGAUUUGUGGAGGGCAUGGACGCUGCGAGUGUGGAACCUGUGUGUGUGACGUGGGGUUUGAGGGUUCGGCCUGUAGCUGCUCGACCGAAGUGGAUCAGUGUCGCAGCAAAAACGGGAUGAUCUGCAACGGCCGCGGAAACUGCAUUUGUAACCAGUGUCGGUGCGAGAGACCGUACAUGGGACCCCAGUGUGAAGAGUGCCCAACAUGUGACAGCCCGUGCACGAAAUUAGCAUCAUGUGUGGAGUGUCUGGGCUUUGGCACCGGUCUUCACCAGAGCAGCUGUCGUGCCCAGUGUGCCAACAUCAGGCACAUGAUGGUGGACACGCUGAAGACACAGGACACGGGCAUGAGGUGUCGCAUGAGAGACACACAGGACUGUAUGAUGGACUUCACAGUAAAAAGACAGGAUGAGACAGAUCAUUACGCCGUCCAUGUCCAAUCCAAGCGAGUUUGCUGAGGAACACAAGAGGAAGGAUCAUCUUAAGGCUCAAACCUUGAGCAACAACAAAACCACAAAAAAUGAAAGAAAACACACA